AUAAUUUUUUAAACGAUCAUUUUUAAACUUAACCUAACAUAAAAGCGAAGUUGAAACUAUAAAAUUUUCCGGUGUUUUUAAAAAGAUCUGGAGAUUGUAAUAGCAACACAAUGUCUGAUUUUUCGGAACUCCUUCAAGAAGCUGAAAAGCUAACUUGUGAACUUGGAGGUACUACUGAUCUUCCUAAAGUUGAAAGAUCUUUACGACAAGUCUUAGAAGCAUCUAGUGAUUUGUAUACAAGGGUUGCCCAAACAGGAGCCAAAGAUAUUCAAGCUAAUCUUCUGUUAGGUUCAAAAGGUAUAGAUCUACCGAAAAUUGCACAAAAACUAGAGUCACUUAGCACUAAAAGAACAUUUGAACCUAUACAACCAGUAGCCGAUUUAGAUAUUUAUAAUAUUUUGGAAAAUGAAACUCGAAAUCAGAUUUUAUCAGUAUUUGAUUCAGGAUAUAAUAAAAUGUUGGCUUUUACUUAUGACAUGGCCUGGGAACAUCAGCAAUCUGAAUGGAAACAAGAAAAAAGGAAGAUACUUAAUGCUAUGAGUACUAGCUCUGGAGCAGCUAUUGAUGUUGGAAAAAGGCUUACAAUUACGCUGGAUCGUCAAAGCAUUAAUGCAGGCAAUUUGAGUCCAACAGAAGCUAUUUAUGUCUCAAAAAUCAUAGAUUACAAUAAAACUAUAAGUAGAGGUAAUCAAAAACCUAAUUUAGUUAAUGUAUUCACUAGUAUUGUUGGAGAUUUUAAGGAUCCUAAAGUAACAGAUAUGUGGGAAAUUAUAAAAUAUAUGGUUCAACUUCCGCCUUUUCCACAGACUGAUGAUCCUAUUAAAACAAGAAAUACAGUCCCUUUUAUAGAAGCUCUAAUAAAACAGGGAAAAAGUUAUUUGGAGGAUCGUUACAAAACUUAUAUGAACAAUAUCAUAAAUGAAGAUCUAGCUCAUGCUAUUAGAGGAGGAAUUCCAGGUACUUAUCAUUUAGUACGUAGUUUUGUAGGUCUUAGACUUCAAGGAGAAUACUUGGGGCUGCAAGAUGGACUUGUAGAGGAUAGACCUUUGUGGCCUAUGGUAUAUUAUUGCUUAAGGUCUGGAGAUUUAUCUGCAGCAAUAUUUUGUUUAAAAAAGAGCGGACUACCAGAAUUCCAGGAUAUUAUUUCUCUUCUUGAAGCUAAAUUUAAUAACGCCAAAUCUGAAAUUAAUAGACUAGAAGAUACUAUCAAAUUCUCUUAUAGAAGAGUUAUCAGGAAUGAUACAGACCCUUUUAAAAGGAUAGUUUGGUCAGUUCUAGGUUGUUGUGAUAUAACUGAUGAACAUUCAGAAGUAGCAAGAACAGCUGAUGAUUAUUUAUGGUUAAAACUAAGCUUAGUGAGACCGUCAUCAGUCAAAGAUGAUUGCAUCCAUUAUAAAGAUCUACAACAUACAAUUUUGGAAGAAUAUGGAGAAAAUCACUACAAUGCUUUCAACCAACCUCAUUUAUAUUUCCAAAUGUUGGCAUUAACAGGGCAAUUUGAAGCUGCAUUCGAAUUUUUAUCUCGCACAGAAAAAUAUAAAGUUCACAGUUUUCACAUGGCUCUGGCUUUAAAUGAAUUAUACAUGUUAGGUGGUCCAGAAGAUAUGAGUGCUCCAUUAUUAAGUAUAGAUCCGAUGGAUGAAAAACCUUCUUGCAGAUUAAACCUGGCUAGAUUUGUUAUGCUCUACGUAAAGAAAUUUGAACUAACCUGUCCCAAUGAAGCUUUGCAUUAUUUCUACUUCUUAAGAAACUAUAAUGACAGUGAAAAUGAAAACUUAUUCAAAAUUAGUGUAUCUUAUUUAGCUGUGGAAACAAAGCUUUAUGAACUUAUUCUUGGGAAGGUACAACUUAAUGGCAUAAGAACUAAAGGCCUGGUUGAUCAAUUUACUGAUGCUAAUAUUACAGCUGAAAGUAUAGCUCAACUUAUAGCACAAAAUCUAUUGAAAAAAGGAUUAUUCGAAGAAGCUAUAGAUUUAUUUGAUAUAGCCAACAAUCAAGAAGAAGUCUUGAAACUUAUUUGUGGGAUACUUUCGAGAACUGUACAAUUAGAAAAUGAACCCGGAUCUUUGAGAAGUAGAAUUCGGGAUAAAGCCAUACAGUGUGCUGAGAGAUUUUCGAGGGAAGGCUACAAAACCACUCCCAAUAUUGUUAAUUGUUUCCUUAAACUCAAAGACCUUAUUUCAUUUUUCGAUCAAUAUCAUUCGAAAAGUUAUGCCCAAGCUCUUAAAACAAUUGUUGAAUUACAGUUGAUACCAUUAAGAGCUGAAGAAGUAGAUGAUAGAGUCAAGAAUUUCAAGAAUUUUCAUCAAGAUCUUUGUAAAGUAAUACCUGAUGUUCUGUUAGCAGUAAUGAACAUGCUGUUCGCCCAAUAUCAAAAGAUUAAAGGAAAUAAUGAAUAUAUACCUCGUUUCCACGAUGAAACCAUGGGUAUUCAAUUGAAACAUUUAAGAGAACAAGCCAAAUGUUUGACCAAUUUCACUGGAAUGUUGCCAUAUAGGAUGCCAGGAGAUACUAACAGUAGAUUAGUGCAGAUGGAGAUUUUGAUGCAUUAAUUUUUUUGAAUGUAUUUGUGUAUUAAGAUUUCAAUACUAUUGUUGUACUUUCUUUCUUAAUAAAAUUUUUAAAUACAGGUUUGUUGCUUUCAGCAUAAUU